AAUAAGUUCUUUGUGACUGAAGGGUUCGAAAUAUCAAAAAUGCGCCUCCAACUAACCCUGCUAUGGCUAGCUUUAUCCCUGAUCCGCAACUCUCAAGGUCACGCAAGAACUUUCACCAGGUGUCAACUAUCCCGGGAACUUUUGCGGUACAACUUCCCAAGAACUUUGAUUCCUAAUUGGGUAUGUCUGAUAGAGCACGCCAGUGGGAGGACAACAGACAAAGUUACCAAUCACAAUAAUUCUUAUACGAGCUUCGGAUUAUUUCAGAUAAAUAACAAAGAAUGGUGCAAGAAAGGUAGAAAAGGGGGCCAUUGUAGCAUGAAGUGCGAAGAUCUUCUCAACGAGGAUUUAGCGGACGACGUGCGUUGCGCAAAACGUAUUUACGAUAGAGUCGGAUUCAAGGCAUGGCCGGCUUCAUACGCUUAUUGCAAGGAAAAAAGUCUACCGGAUUUAUCUAAAUGUUGAAAAAGAAAGCAAUUUCGUACCGAUUUUAAUUACCAGUAAUAAGAAUUAUACAUAAUAUGUUAAUAAUAAAAAUAUCUUUUAGUUUUGUAACGUAAUUGUAUAUUUCGUCAUCAAAGGUAGAAGGAAAUUAAACGUUUGAUGAGAAGCUGUUAACAUUGUGUUGUAACAUAAUAUUAAUGAAAUGUUUGUUUGUCGAUUUAAAUACGUACGCCUAUAAUUUGCUCACGUAUAAAAAAAAAAUCCUAAAAGGAUUUCAUUUUGUCAGAAGAUCAUUCGUGUCAUCUGUAAUUAAUAUAAAGAUAAAAUAAUUCUAGCAA